CAGUUUAUGCAACAACAAUAAUGGCUCAGCUUGCAGGUCCUGAUGAAAUAGAGUGUCUCAGAAUUGAGUUAGCGGAGAUGGGAAGAAGCUUAAGGUCCUCAUUUAGAAGUUACACUUCGAGUUUUCGAAGUAAUACUGAUGCCAACUAUGCUCGUGAUGAUGAUGAAGAUGAUGAGGGUGGUGAAUACAAGAAGCAAUGGGCUGCUCUUCAGAGAUUACCAACUUUUGAACGUAUUAACACGGCUUUGUUUGAUGAAAAAGAGGGAGAUGUCGCCGGGAAACGUGUUGUUAAUCUUACCAAACUCGGACCCCAGGAGCGCCAUAUGUUCAUUGACAAGCUCAUCAAACAUAUUGAAAAAGAUAACCUUCGAUUGUUGCACAGAAUUCGAAACAGAAUUGACAAAGUGGGGGUACAACUGCCCACUGUGGAAGUGAGAUAUAAGAAUCUUAGUGUAGAGGCAGAGUACGAAGUCGUUCAUGGCAAGCCUCUCCCCACUCUUUGGAACGCCACCAAGAGCAUGGUUCAUGGAAUUUCUAAUCUGUUGGGUUCAAAACAAGAAGCAAACCUGAGAAUCUUAAAAGAUAUCAGUGGCAUCAUCAAGCCUGGGAGGAUGACAUUAUUGCUUGGUCCUCCAGGAUGUGGGAAAACCACAUUAUUGUCAGCUCUCUCUGGAAAACUAAUUCAUUCUCUCCAGGUUUCAGGGGAAGUGUCCUACAAUGGUUACAAACUAGAAGAGUUUGUUCCUCAGAAAACAUCAGCUUAUAUAAGCCAACAUGAUCUGCAUAUUCCAGAGAUGACAGUAAGGGAAACUACUGAUUUUUCUGCACGUUGUCAGGGUACAGGACAUCGAACCGAGAUCGUGAUGGAAGUUAGUAGAAGAGAGAAAGAGGCAGGGAUUGUACCGGAUCCUGAUGUAGAUGCUUACAUGAAGGCAAUAUCAGUCGAAGGACUUGAAAGUACCCUGCAAACAGACUACAUUUUAAAGAUUCUGGGACUUGAUAUAUGUGCUGACACACUGGUUGGAGAUGCAAUGAGAAGAGGUGUCUCUGGCGGUCAAAAGAAAAGGCUGACUACAGGAGAGUUAAUUGUGGGGCCAACAAGAGCUCUUUUCAUGGAUGAAAUAUCAAAUGGCUUAGACAGUUCCACCACUUUUCAAAUAGUCUCCUUCCUAAAGCAUUUGGUGCAUAUUACUAAUGCCACUGCAUUGAUUUCACUUCUUCAGCCAGCACCAGAAACUUUUGAUCUCUUUGAUGACAUAAUUCUGAUGGCGGAAGGAAGGAUUGCAUAUCAUGGGCCACGCACUUACGUUUGCAAGUUCUUUGAGGACUGUGGCUUCAGGUGCCCAGAGAGGAAAGGAGUUGCUGACUUCCUUCAAGAGGUUCUCUCAAGGAAAGAUCAAGCCCAGUAUUGGUACCACAAAGAGCAGCCCUAUAAUUAUGUUUCCAUUGAACAAUUUGUCAACAAGUUUAAGGAAUCUCAUAUUGGCUUGAAGCUGGAUGAGGAGCUUGCAAAGCCAUUUAUCAAGUCUCGGAGACACAAGAAUGCUGUAUCCUUUGAGAAGUUCUCAUUAACCAAAUGGGAACUUCUUAAAGCUUGUGCAAAUAGAGAAUUUCUUUUAAUGAAGAGGAAUUCUUUCACUUACAUAUUCAAAUCCACCCAGCUAAUCAUCAUAGCUUCAAUAACAAUGACUGUAUUCCUACGUACUCAAAUGGCUGUUAGUGUCACAGAUGCAAAUUACUAUAUGGGAUCUUUAUUCUAUGCCCUUGUUAUUCUCCUCGUUGAUGGAUUUCCAGAGCUAAGCAUGACAGUCUCAAGACUUGCAGUAUUUUAUAAACAGAGAGAUUUGUGUUUCUAUCCUGCAUGGGCUUAUGUGAUUCCAACUAGUAUCCUCAAAGCUCCACUCUCAUUUUUGGAAGCUUUUGUUUGGACUGCCCUAACAUACUAUGUUAUUGGUUACAGCCCUGAAGUUGGAAGGUUCUUCCGCCAGUUCCUUCUACUGUUUCUUGUGCACCUAACAUCAAUAUCAAUGUUUCGCUCUAUUGCCUCGAUUUGCCAAUCCAUGGUCACUUCUUUGACUACCGGUACUGUGUGUAUAGUGUUGCUAUUAUUAUUUGGAGGAUUCGUUAUUCCAAGAUCAUCUAUGCCUUUUUGGCUGGAAUGGGGAUUCUGGGUUUGUCCUUUGGCAUAUGGGGAGAUAGGCAUGACAGUAAAUGAAUUUCUGGCUCCUCGUUGGGAAAAGAUAAUGUCAGGAAACACAACUUUAGGACAGAAAACAUUGGAGAGCCAUGGAUUGAACUUUGAUAGUAAUUUUUACUGGAUCUCUGUUGGUGCUUUAAUUGGAUUCAUGGUGCUUUUCAAUCUUAUUUUUACCUUGGCUUUAACAUUUUUGAAGCCCCCAGGAAAAUCCCGUGCCAUAAUUUCGUGCGAAAAGUACUCUGAACUGCAAGAAAAAGAAGGUGAUAGCAGUGGCUCAGACAUGUAUAGAAAAUCCAGUAAUGCUCUUCUUAAAACUGUUGCCAGGCCUAAAAGGGGAAAGAUGGUUCUACCUUUUGAGCCUCUAACUUUAACUUUUCAGGAUGUGCAGUACUAUGUGGAUGUCCCUCAAGAAAUGAAAAGGCAAGGUUUUGGGGAGAAAAAGCUCCAGCUGCUUUCUGAUAUUACUGGUGCAUUCAGGCCUGGUAUUCUUACAGCAUUAAUGGGUGUCAGUGGAGCUGGAAAAACAACUCUUAUGGAUGUUCUUUCUGGAAGGAAAACUGGUGGCACUAUUCAAGGAGAGAUAAGAGUUGGUGGAUACCCAAAGAUUCAAGAUACUUUUGCAAGAAUAUCUGGUUAUUGUGAGCAAAAUGACAUACAUUCUCCGCAAGUUACUGUUGAAGAGUCAGUAAUAUAUUCUGCUUGGCUGCGCCUUUUACCUCAAGUUGAUUCAAAAACUAAGACUGCAUUUGUAAAUGAGGUCCUUGAAACUAUUGAGCUUGAUGAGAUCAAAGAUUCACUGGUAGGCUUGCCAGGAGUUAGCGGCUUAUCAACUGAGCAACGAAAGCGGCUGACUAUAGCUGUUGAGCUUGUUGCAAACCCUUCCAUCAUAUUCAUGGAUGAACCUACUUCAGGUUUAGAUGCACGGGCAGCUGCAAUUGUUAUGAGAGCAGUGAAGAAUGUUGUUGAAACAGGAAGAACAGUUGUUUGCACCAUCCACCAACCAAGCAUAGACAUCUUUGAGGCAUUUGAUGAUUUGGUUUUAAUGAAAUCUGGAGGACGAGUCAUCUAUUCCGGGCCACUGGGUCUGCACUCAAGUAAGGUUAUUGAGUACUUUGAGAAUAUCCACGGGUUACCCAAGAUUAAGGACAACUACAAUCCAGCAACAUGGAUGUUAGAGGUUACUUCUAACUCUCUGGAGGCUGAACUUCAAGUUGAUUUUGCACAAAUUUAUUAUGAGUCCACCUUAUAUCAGGAGAACAAAGAGUUGGUGAAGAGGUUGAGUUCACCAUCUCCUGGUUCAAAGGACUUGCAUUUUCCUUCACGUUUUCCACAGAAUAGUUGGGAGCAGCUCAAAGCAUGUUAUUGGAAACUGAAUUUGUCUUACUGGAGAAGUCCUUCCUAUAACUUGACACGUAUCUUUUUUGUAACUGUUUUAUCUCUGCUAAAUGGCAUACUGUUUUGGAAAAAAGGAAAGAAAAUAGAUAACCUACAAGAUCUAUUAAACAUACUUGGUUCAAUGUAUGCCACAGUAAUAUUUUUUGGCAUAAACAAUUGCUCAUCAGUUGUACCAUUUGUUGCAACUGAAAGGACAGUUCUAUACCGGGAAAGAUUUGCCGGAAUGUACUCCUCAUGGGCCUAUUCAUCUGCACAGGUGCUAGUUGAAGUGCCAUACCUGUUCAUUCAAGCAGUUACAUAUGUCAUCAUAACGUAUCCUAUGAUGGGCUACUCCUUGUCAGUGUACAAGAUAUUUUGGUUAUUCUAUGGCAUGUUCUGUUCACUGUUAUGCUUCACCUACCUGGGAAUGCUGCUGGCGUCUUUGACACCAAACAUUCAAUUGGCUUCUAUCUUGACUUCAUCUGCCUACACAGUGCUGAAUCUCUUCUCUGGCUUCAUCAUACCAAGACCACAAAUUCCAAAUUGGUGGAUAUGGAUGUAUUAUUUAUCUCCAACCUCAUGGGCACUCAAUGGCAUGUUGACUUCGCAAUAUGGUGACAUUCACAAAGAAAUAUUAUCAUUUGGAGAGACCAAAACAGUUGAUGCUUUCUUAAAAGAUUACUUUGGCUAUGACCACAAUCUAUUAGGUCUUGUUGCAGCUGUUCUCAUCAUCUUCCCUAUCCUCUUUGCCUCCCUUUUCGCAUACUUUAUUGGCAAGCUGAACUUCCAAACGAGAUAGUUAAAUUUGUGGUCGAUAUCUAUGGUAUUGCAAAAUAUAAAUCAGUAUAAUGAGAUAUUGAAUAGACACUGGUAAGAUUAUUUAAUAGCAAUUUUAUUGAUGUAUGAUUGAUUAAAAGAAAGGAAUGAAUUUGUACCUCUUUUCAGUUUGCUUGUAGUGACUCUGUUAUAUGACUUUUCUCAGUAAUUUUGUAAGAUCCUCUUUGCUUUAUACACAGUUCUAUAACUUUGGGUUUUACACAAAACUUGUCUAUUAUCAUAUAAUAGAGACUAUUUUAUGCGUUUCGACAA